AUGUCUAGCGGGCUGUCCUUUGCUGAGUUGGAGGCAGCUGCCGGGGCUGUCAUUGAAAUCCUCAAAACUAUACCGGAAUUCUCGAACUCCCGAAUCGUUGUCAUCGGGGGCUUAGCUCAGCUAUUCUACUACAAAGGCUCCGAUGGCAAAUUAAUUCAAAUAGAUAUCACUCCUGAUUGGCAGUAUGAUAUUAAUGAUAGCCUACAGUCACCCUAUGUCCCCUCCGCAGCGAUACCCAUAUCGACUGUUCGACCGAAUGCACUGCCAUAUAUCUCGGAGCUAGAUCUACUCAUCUUCAAGAUCAACAGCUGCGGAUUACGACCCACGCCAGGGAAAAAGUUGCGUGAUGCAACUGACGACGCCUUGGAACUUCUGGAAGAUCUUAAUUCCAAGGGGCCUAUUGUGCUUUCAGUGUCUCAGAAGAAUGUUAUACUUCAAUGUUUGGAUGACGUGGCUCGAAUGUCUGGGAAAGAUAAAGCCUGGUGGAUUGCGAAGCUGGCUCUGAAUUAG